AUGUAAAUUUUAUUAAGUUUUUGAUAAAGUUCGUUUUGUUUUAAAGACUAAGAAGUUUUUUGUUUGCUAAUAAGUGUUUAUUAAUCACGGUAAGUUAAAUUCACCUUAUAUCGAUUUUUGGUAACUUUUGCUGACUACACAAUAUUACAAUUUGGUAUACAUGGUUAAACAGAAAAAAUAUGAGAUCAUUUUAUUUUCAGUUGGAUUUUCGUUUUUAACAAUGCCACCAACCAGACGUACAAACUUAGGCCGCAGAAUUCGAAAUACGGCAAGUCAAAGAAAUAUAAGAACAAAUCAAAGAAAUGAACUACAAAGAAAUCAAAAUCAACAAAGAAAUGUUGUGUUUAAUCCCCACAGAGCUGCAUUCUGCUAUAAUGUGGCAAUUGAUUACAGUUCAGAGCAAAUUGUUGCUAUUGGACCAAUGAAUAUUGUAUGUCCACAUUGCAAUGCAUUGAAAUUCAAAAAUGAAGCCCCUGGAUUGUGUUGCGCCAGCGGCCAAGUCAAAUUGACGCCAUUGGUACCACCACCAGAGCCACUACAUUCAUUGGUUUCCGGAAAUGGGCCAGAUUCUAAUCAUUUUUUGACUCAUAUCCAGCAAUACAAUAAUUGCUUUCAAAUGACAUCAUUUGGCGCAACAAAAGUUAUUGGAGACAAUUUUAUGCCUACUUUCAAGAUUCAGGGUCAAAUAUAUCAUCGAACAGGUUCCUUAUUGCCAAUGCCUGAUGAAGACUAUAAAUUUUUGCAAAUAUAUUUUAUGGGCGAUUCAGCAAGAGAAGUCGAUCAGCGUUGCGCACACAACAACUCAGUGAAAAGAUCCAUUGUGGAACAACUUCAAACAUUUUUCCAUCAACACAAUGAAUUAGUUGCAUUAUUCACAACUGCAUUAGACCGCAUGCCAUCAGAUAAUCAUAAAAUUGUCAUCAGAGCCGAUAAGGCGCCUGCAGGACAACAUGCUGGACGUUUUAAUGCGCCAACAAUUGAUGAAGUGGCUAUUGUCGUCGUGGGAGAAAAUUUAGAAAACCGAGACAUUGUUUUACUUCGACGGAACGAUCAACUUCAGCGUGUGUCUGAAACACAUCGAUCAUAUGAUGCCUUACAAUAUCCUAUCCUAUUUUGGCAAGGUGAAGACGGCUAUCAUUUUUCAAAUAAGAUGAUAAAUCCAGUUACAGGUGCUGAAACGAACAAAAAAGUUAGUUCAAUGAAUUAUUAUUCAUACAGACUGAUGGUUCGGGAAAAUGAGGACAAUCACAUCUUAAAGUGUCGGCGUCUAUUUCACCAAUAUGCUGUGGAUAUGUAUGUGAAAAUUGAAACUGAACGAUUGACAUUUAUCAGGUUGAACCAGGCAAAACUCCGUUCCGAGGAAUAUAUUCAUCUUCGGGAUGCCAUUAAUGCUGAUGGAAAUGCACAGAAUGUUGGCAGAACAACUAUUCUCCCAGCAACAUACGUCGGAAGCCCGCGACAUAUGCAUGAAUAUGCUCAAGAUGCUAUGUCCUAUGUACGACAUUAUGGCACACCAGAUUUGUUUAUCACAUUCACAUGCAAUCCAAAGUGGACAGAAAUUCAACAAGAAUUAUUUACUAGCCAAUCACCUAUUGAUCGCCACGAUAUCACUGAAAGGGUGUUCAAAAUGAAAUUAAAAUCACUCAUGGAUUUUAUUGUUAAGCAUCGCGUGUUCGGCGAGACGCGUUGUUGGAUGUACUCAAUUGAGUGGCAAAAACGCGGAUUGCCACAUGCACAUAUCCUCAUUUGGUUGGUUGAGAGGAUAAGACCGAAUGAAAUUGAUAAUGUGAUAUCAGCAGAAAUUCCCGAUAAUAAUGAAGACCCACUGUUACAUGAGGUUAUUACAAAAAAUAUGAUACAUGGUCCAUGUGGAAUAUUAAAUCCAAUUUCUCCGUGUAUGGUUGAAGGAAAAUGUUCAAAACGCUACCCAAGACAAUUAGUAUCAGAAACUAUUACUGGAAAUGAUGGAUAUCCACUUUAUCGCCGCCGAUCCAUUGAUGACAAUGGAAAGUCAACAAUAGUCAAAGUAAAUCGACAGGACAUUGAAGUUGAUAAUCGUUGGGUUGUUCCGUUUUCGCCAUUACUCUGCAAGGCAUAUAAAGCACACAUAAACGUCGAAUUUUGCCAUUCCGUAAAAUCUAUUAAAUAUAUUUGCAAGUACGUGAACAAAGGUUGUGACAUGGCUGUCUUCGGAGUUGCUGCCGAAAAUUCAAAUGAUGAAGUCACUCAAUAUCAAAUGGGCCGCUAUGUUAGUAGUAACGAAGGCAUGUGGCGUAUAUUUUCGUUUCCAAUACAUGAACGACAUCCUACUGUUGUUCACUUGGCCGUACAUUUGGAAAAUGGUCAACGGGUGUAUUUUACAGAUGCAAACGUAUUACAACGAGUUGACAGGCCACCAUCGACAACAUUAACCAGCUUCUUUGAAAUGUGCCAGAAUGAUGAUUUUGCCAGAACGCUACUUUACUCCGAAAUGCCAAGAUAUUAUAUCUGGAAUCAAUCAUCUAAAAAAUUUCAACGACGAAAACGAGGACAGCCAGUUUCAGAUUACCCACAAGUAUUUUCCACCGAUGCACUAGGCCGUAUUUAUGCAGUCCAUCCCAGUCAAGACGAGUGUUUUUAUUUGCGUUUAUUGUUAGUCAAUGUUCGUGGUCCAACAUCAUUCCAACAUCUGCGAACUGUUAAUGGUGUAUUGUGUGACACAUACAGAGAAGCCUGUCAACAUUUGGGAUUGUUAGAGAAUGACACUCAUUGGGACCAGACUCUUGAAGAUGCUGUGAUUUCGUCAAAUGCUAAACAAAUACGAACAUUAUUUUCUAUAAUUUUGUCGACAUGCUUCCCAUCAGCACCGAUUGAUUUAUGGCAUAAAUACAAAGAUCAUAUGGCGGAAGAUAUAUUGCAUCAGAUGCGUCUUAGAACAUCGAAUGCAGAUUUGCAAAUGAACGAAGAAAUUCACAAUGAAGCAUUAAUUUUAAUUGAGGACAUGUGCUUGAUGCUUACCAACAAAGUAUUAAUUCAAAUAGGAAUGAUAGGACCCAAUCGCCCAAUGUUCGACUCAUUUGAUCAAGAAUUGAGACGCGAAGCCCAAUACGAUUCCGAAACAUUACGAGAAAUGGUUGAUAGAACAGUUCCCCUUUUAAAUCAACAACAAAAAUAUGCUUACGAUACGCUCAUGAAAGUAAUGAACGAUGGAACUGGCGGAUUUUAUUUUUUAGAUGCUCCCGGUGGAACUGGGAAAACUUUUUUGUUAUCAUUGAUUUUGGCAACAAUUCGGUCGCAAAAUGGAAUUGCACUAGCCCUAGCUUCAUCAGGUAUUGCAGCUACAUUGUUGGAAGGCGGUCGAACAGCUCAUUCAGCUCUCAAGCUGCCGUUAAACCUUCAAAUUAAUGAAACUCCAACUUGCAACCUUUCGAGGAAUUCUGCGAUGGCCAAAGUGCUGCAGCAAACAAGACUGAUCAUUUGGGAUGAAUGUACGAUGGCACACAAAAAAUCUUUGGAGGCAUUAGAUCGCUCGAUGCAAGAUUUACGAAAUAACAAAAACCGGUUUGGUGGUGCAAUGAUACUAUUGGCAGGUGAUUUUCGACAAAUAUUGCCAGUUGUUCCACGCUCAACGCCAGCUGAUGAACUGAAUGCCUGUUUGAAGUCGUCCAUUUUAUGGAAAUACAUUAAAACGCUUAAAUUAAGUAUAAACAUGAGAGUCGAAUUACAGGAAGACCAGUCUGGAGAAGUGUUUUCCAAACAACUGCUCGAUAUUGGUAAUGGUAUUAUUGCUGUUGAUACAUCAUCUGGAUACAUUACAUUCCCUACCAAUUUUUGUAACUUUUGUGAAUCAAAGACCGAACUCAUGGAGAUGGUUUUCCCAAACAUUGCUCAAAAUUACGUAAAUCACAUUUGGUUAAGCGAACGUGUUAUAUUCGCCGCAAAAAAUGUUGAUGUGAAUGAGAAAAUAGCUGGCGAAUUGAAGAAUUACAAAUCAGUUGAUUCCAUUACUAAUGAAGAUGAAGUUGUCAAUUAUCCAACAGAAUUUUUAAAUUCGCUGGAAUUGCCCGGCUUACCACCUCAUAAUCUGCAAUUAAAAAUCGGAUCA